CACAGUUUCUCCUCUGUCUAGUGUAGAAGCAUCAUCUUGAGCUCUGAGAGGAUUUCUGUCAUCUUCUCAGGUGGAGUGCAUGUAAAUGAUGGCAACACUGUUGAGGUUCCUCCUCACUGGAUCUCUGAUGAUACAAGGGGUUUUGUGUGACUACAAUAUCAAUCUGCCCAAGAGAGUAGAAGCUCUACAAGGAUCCUGUGUUUUCAUACCCUGCACAUUUGAUAUUGACAACCAACAUGAAAACUUACUCACUGAUAGUGCAAAGAGAAUGUGGUAUAAAGGUGAAACAGUAGUGUUUGACUCCAGCAGCCCCAACUCUGGACAGUUAAAAGGAGAAAUAUUUGGCACUCCUACAGAGAAAAACUGCACCACACGUUUUGAUAAUGUCAGUCAGAGUCAUAAUGGGUCAUAUUACUUCAGAUUUGAAGCCAACGAUGAUUUGAAAUACAGCUACAAAGAACCUUCACACUCCCAAGUCGAACUUGCCAUCUCAGGAUCUCCACCCAAACCCACAGUGAGUGUCUUUAAGGAUCAGCAGGAGAUGAUAGAGGGAAGUUCAGUGAGUCUUCGCUGCUCUACUAAGAUCUUCUGUGCGUCUCAUCCACCAUUUCUCAGAUGGAGCUCAUCUUUUAAUGAGAACAUCACAGAACAGCAGCGUCAGAGCCAAACUGAGCUCAUCUCUGAUCUGAACUUCACUGUUUCUCACCGUCAUCAUCGAGUCACUUUCACCUGCACUGCAACACACCAGCUACAGCAGCAGAUCACAACACAAGAGUCCCGUACGCUACGAGUUCAGUAUGCUCCUAAAAACACAUCAGUGUCUGUAAAUCCAGCUGGUUUAGUUGUGGAGGGUCGUUCAGUGACUCUGAGCUGCAGCAGUGAUGCAAACCCAGCAGUGAACUACACCUGGUACAGAGACACUGAAGGACUCCUGAAUCCAGUUCAGACCGGACCAAACCUGACCAUCAACAACACCGACCCGACACACAGUGGACGAUACUACUGUACAGCUCAGAACAAACACGGCACACAGAACACAUCAGUGCUGCUGGACGUCCAGUAUGCUCCUAAAAACACAUCUGUGUCUGUAAAUCCAGCUGGUUUAGUUGUGGAGGGUCGUUCAGUGACUCUGAGCUGCAGCAGUGAUGCAAACCCAGCAGUGAACUACACCUGGUACAGAGACACUGAAGGACUCCUGAAUCCAGUUCAGACCGGACCAGACCUGACCAUCAACAACACAAACCAGACACACAGUGGACGAUACUACUGUACAGCUGAGAACAAACACGGCACACAGAACACAUCAGUGCUGCUGGACGUCCAGUAUGCCCCAAAAAACACAUCAUUGUCAGCGUUUCCCUCCAGCUCAGUGAUGGAGGGCCAUUCAGUGACUCUGAACUGCAGCUCUGAUGCAAACCCAGCAGAGCUCAACUACACCUGGUACAUAGAGACUGGAUCUCGAUUUAAGCUCCUCCAGACUGGAUAUAAUCACACCUACAUUGUGACAAACCCUACAUACGGUGCAUGGUAUGGCUGUAAAGCUCAAAACCAGCAUGGACAAUGCAACACAACAAUUCAACUGGAUGUUCAGUUUGCACCCAAAAUCUCCAGCUCUUGUAGCCGAAGCAGUGUAAUCGCAUGUGUCUGUGAGGCUCAUGGGAAUCCCUGUCCUACACUAGUGUGGCGUCUGUCCGGACAUUUGUUCUCUAACUCUACAGAAACGUCCAUCAGUGAGGAGAUGUUAGGAAUUACAGGAGUGAAGAGCAUCCUGACCACCCAUCAGUCCCUCACGGACACGGACGUCCUGCAGUGUAUUAGCAAAAACAUUCACGGCAGCACCAUUCAACAGUUUCAUGCCUUCCCACUUCCACAAGACACACGUUUCCAUUAUCCAUCUGUGCUGACUGGACUUGCUGUCGGUGCAUCAGUGACGAUGAUCGCGUGCAUCAUGAUGUUCUGCUAUGAACGAAGAAGGAAAAAAAAACUUUCAGAAACCAGUCAAGACGACACAUCUGGACUCAUUCUGACUCAAACAGUAAGUUAUUAAUUCUCAAAGACAUCACAAACAGUUGUUCAGCACAUCUUCUCCACUCAUUUUGCUGUUCCUUCUCCAUCAGGCCACUGCUCUGAAUAAUGACGGCGAGUUUGUUUACGCCAAUAAAGGCAUGCUGUCAUCCACCGCACUGAGUGCACCAGAAUCUCUUCAUUAUUCCACCAUCGACUUCACAAAAACUGAACCGCCGUCAGGAGAGAUCAGGGGCAUCGCCUCGCUGACCAGUGAAUACGCUACGGUCCGACACCGUCCUGCAGGAUCCGCAACAUCUGAGACAGAGCCCAAAAAACAAGACAUG